AUGCAGUCGACCACUGAGGCCUCAUCCUCGAGCAGCCCGGACGACGAUCUCGAGACGUACCUCCUUCUUCUGCUCUCCGACUCAAACCUCCCCACGGGCGGCUUCGUAGCGUCCUCGGGUUUGGAAUCCUUCCACGCGCACGGCCUUCUGCACAACUCCCGCCCAACCCCCUCGCUCACCCGCUCGUCUAUCCCCGCAUCUCGGAACGUAGCGCCUUCGCAAGCACAACUCUCCUCGGCCACGCUCAGCUUUGCUCAGUCGACACUGCACAGCUAUGCCCGUUCGAGCUUUCCGUUCCUUGCGCGGGUGCACACUCUCGUCCAAUCGUACCUGGGUCGUGCGGGCGUAGAGAAAGAGGCGCAGAUGGCCGAGUGUCUGGAGGCAAUAGCAAGUCUCGACGACGGAUACCACAGUCUGCUACUCAACCAUGUCGCACGGCGAGCAUCAAAAGCUCAAGGAAUCGCGCUGCUCACAUUGUACAGCAAGGCCUUUGCGCGGCCUAUCGGGCUCGAUCGCCAACCCUUCUCUGGUUCCCCUUCAUCCCUCCAGCACCCGGCGGACGAGGCGAAGUUCGAAGCAGCAGCUCGACUAGUAGACAAGUUCAAACUGGACAUUCGUCGCUCGACGCGUCAGGUUCAUGGUCAUCUGCCGAUAUGCUGGGCCGUCUUCGCCGCGUGUCUGGGGAUAGGCCUCAAGAAGGCGGUGUAUCUGCAUUUGUUCUUGCAAGCCAGAAGCCUGUUCAGCAGCUCGAUCAGGUUGAAUACGCUAGGACCGUAUCUGGCCCAUCAGGUGAUGCGCUUUCAGAUGCGAGGUGUCGUGGAGGGCGUGAUGCGCGAGAUGGAGCGGGAGGGGUGUUUGGAUGUUGGUGCGGCGGAGACGACAGAGAAGUCGGACAAGAGAAAAGUCGGACAAGAUGCGAAAGUGAAAGAGGACGAAAUGCAGAUCGACAAUGACGAUAACAAGCGGGAACCAACUGUAAUCGAGCCCUAUAGCAUAGGUGAAGCCUCGAGCAGCCCGAUAUGCACCACAGCGACGACGUUAUCAAGAACUAAAGGGAAGCCCUUUCGCACCACACCAACGAUGCAGUCCUCAACAAGCGCCUUACGACCAAGGAUACAGGCCAUUCGGGCCCGAAAGGGUCAACUCAUCCCCGUGGACGACGACGAUCCGAACCAGGGUUGGGCGUGGGACUGGCCGGAGGAGCAAGACGUUCUCAGCACACACAUCCACAAGAAAGCGUCAGACAGCGAGAAGGGAUUCUGGACGCAUCCUUCUGCGCCAGCAACCACGUUCCCGCUGGGCGAAAUCGUCCAGGCUCGUCACGACCAGCUCCAUUCUAGACUGUUCAACAGCUGA